AUGCACGCAGCUAACCCCCCCUCCUGCUGUUGCUUCUGCUCAGACUCCAGUCUCCGUGCACUGCCGCUGCAGACCAUGGCACCUUGGCUCCAGUUCAGCUCCUUUUUCUUCACUCUGAUCGCCUGCUUCAAGGGUCACCAGCUGGCUGGGCCUGCGGGAGGACCCAGCAGCAGGCGGGAGCCUGCGGCCGACACGUGUGGAUGGAGGGUGCUGCCACCAGUCAGCAAGAACGGUGGAAUGCUUAAUAUCACCUUUAAAUAUGACAAUUGCACUCCUUAUUUGAAUUCAGUGGGAAAACACGUGAUUGGAGAUGUGCAAAAUAUAACAAUCAGCCAGUAUGCAUGUUCCGAACAAGUUGCAGUGACAAUAAUUUGGACAGCAAAUCUACUUGGGAUUGAAUUCCUGAAAGGAUUUCGAGUAAUACUUGAGGAGUUAAAAUCAGAGGGAAGACAGUGUCAGCAAAUGGUUUUAAAAGACCCAAAGCAGCUCAACUCUGGUUUUAAAAGAACUGGAAUGGAAUCUCAGCCUUUUUUGAAUCUGAAAUUUGAAACUGAUUAUUUUGUAAAGAUUGUUCCUUUUCCUUCCAUUAAAAAUGAAAGUAAUUACCACCCAUUUUUCUUCAGAACUCGACCGUGUGAAUUGUUGCUACAGCCAGAAAACCUUGCCUGCAAACCUUUCUGGAAGCCCAGGAAUCUGAAUAUUACCCAGCAAGGUUUUAACAUGCAAGUGUCUUUUGAUCACGCACCUCACAACUUUGGCUUUAAAUAUUACUAUCUUCACUACAAACUUAAGGAUGAAGGAUCCUUUAAACAAAAGACCUGCAGACAAGAACAAAACACGGAUAUCACAAGUUGUGUUCUUCAGAAUAUAGCUCCAGGGGAUUACAUCAUUGAGCUGGUUGAUGACACUAACACAACAAGGAAAACAAUGCACUAUGCACUAAAACCAGUACAUUCCCCGUGGGCUGGACCAAUAAGGGCCAUUGCCAUUACCGUUCCCUUAGUUGUCAUCUCAGCAUUUGCAACGCUUUUCACAGUGAUGUGCCGUAAAAAACAACAAGAAAAUAUAUAUUCCCAUUUAGAUGAGGAGAGCUCGGAAUCUUCUACAUAUGCUGCAGCACUCCAUGUGGAAAGGCUCCAUCCCCGGCCAAAAGUGUUCAUCUGCUAUUCCAGUAAAGAUUGCCAGAAACACAUAAAUGUCAUUCAGUGCUUCGCUUAUUUCCUUCAGGACUUCUGUGGCUGUGAGGUUGCACUGGAUAUAUGGGAAGAUUUAAAAAAUUGUAAGGAAGGGCAGAAAGAGUGGCUUAUUCAAAAAAUCAACGAGUCCCAAUUUAUCAUCAUUGUAUGUUCCAAGGGAAUGAAAUACUUUGUGGAAAAAAAGAACUGGAAGCACAAGGGAGCAACCAGAGAUGCUGAGAAAGGAGAACUCUUUCUGCUUGCCAUAUCUAUCAUCGCAGAGAAGCUGCGUCAGGCAAAGCAGAAUUCAGAUGACCUCUGCAAGUUCAUUGCAGUCUACUUUGACUACUCCUGUGAGGGUGACAUUCCUGGCAUUGUGGAUCUAAGUACAAAGUACAAGCUCAUGGAUAACCUCCCUCAGCUUUACUCUCACUUACACUCCAGAGAUCUGAGCCUUCAGGAUUCAAAGUUGUACCCUGUAAAUAUUAGCAAAAGAAACUACUUCAGGAGCAAAUCUGGCCGGUCCCUUUAUGUUGCCAUUUGCAAUAUGCACCAAUUCAUUGAUCAGGAGCCUGACUGGUUUGAGAAACAACUCAUUCCUUUUCCUCAACCUCCUUUACAUUACCAAGAACCUGUGAUGGAAAAAUUUGACUCAGGCUUGGUUUUAAAUGACUUAGUGAGUAAACAGGUGACUGAUGGGGAUUUCUACCUGAAAACAGAUGUAAAUAUUAUCCCUGCUGUAAAUUCAGACUCUCACUGUAUAAUUCAGCACUUUAACCUUGGAGAAGAUGCAGAGACUCAGGACAUUCAAGUUGGUAGCUCUGUUCUUCAGCCAUUGUUGCAUGUUGUAAAAGCUGCCAAUCUUCCAGAUAUGCCCCGGGAUUCAGGAAUCUAUGAUUCUUCUGUUCCUUCAUCUGAGUUAUCUCUACCUUUAAUGGAAGGACUUUUGACAGACCAAACUGAAACCUCUUCCAUUACGGAGAGUGUCUCUUCAUCUUCGGGUUUAGGAGAAGAAGAACCCCCUGUGCUCACUGCUACAAAAUGCCUAGUCCCUGGAAUAUGUAAAGCAGAACUUCAUUGCCACAUCCAUACCGAUGAACUACAGGCAAUUGCACCUUUAUAA